AAUUUCUCUUUAAUUAAUAUUUUAAGGAGAAAAAGAAAAACUCCAAAUUUAUCUUCAGCUCUGUCAAAUUUUUCUUAAUUUUUAAAUUAUACAUUAAAAAAAAAGGUUGAGAAUGUGGUUGGAGAUCAUCUGCGGAAUUAUCAUUUACCAGUUGUUCCGGCGCUUCUUUUGUGGUGGCAACGAUGUUUUAGACGUGGAAACCUCUGAUUUUAAUGCUAUUUUCUCCGUCGCCAACCGACUAGAAAAGCUUUGUGGUGGAAAAGUGUAUGUGGGGCUUAACAUUCCUGAUGCAGACACUGGUUCUCGAAAGAGUAUCGAUAUUGUUCUCGUUACCAAAGGAGAAGCAGCGGUUAUUUCUGUCAAGAAUGUGUCAGGGUUUGUUUCUAUAAAUGAUGAUGGUAGCUGGACUUCUGAAGGUGGCCGCAGCCACCGGAAAGAGCAUAUACCUGAUCCCGUUGCAGAGGCUAAAAACACAGCUUCAGUCCUUGAAUCGUAUCUUGAACAAAGGGGAGUUACUUUACCUGAAGGAUAUUUUUCUUACAAAGUUAUAAUUCCCAAUCCGAACUUCCGUGAGAUUUAUAGAAAAUUUCCACCUGAGGUAAUCACUUAUGAUCAAUGGGUGCAAUUAGAACCAGAACCCAAAGGUAUGAUAUCCGGGUGGGUUAAGGGCGCUUUUCGUGGUGGGAAGAAGGAAAUGCAGGACUCUUUCCAUCAGCAGCUUAACUUCAUUCUCAGCACAGCCCCUAUGUGGGACAGGCUGGAGCUUAAAGGAAGCAAGCAUGUUCUAGGAGAAUUCCUGGAAUUUAAAGGGAAGCAGGAGGAUACCCUGGCUUUGAGGAAUAUCAAGAGAUCAAAAGUUGGUCACAUGGCUGUCCAAAAGACUAGCAUGCUUGGAUUAGCCCAUUCAAAGCUCCAGGUAGUGUACUAUCCUCGAGAUUAUCGAAGUGAAGGAGUUUCGGCUUCAGAAUGGAGGGAAGUUGAAGUAAGAUCAAGUACUGAGGUCAUAUUCCACCCUCAAAAUUCUACUAAAGUCCGUAAAUACAAGCUUUCUUCAAUCUCGUCUAUGUCACUAAGUGCCUAAGUCCUAAAAGAUGGAAGACCAGGUAUGCCGACUUCGGUUUAUAAUAAAACAGGCCGCUGAUAAAACCCAGUUCUAUAAAUGCAUCAAUAUCUUUUGUUAAUCUAGGGUUUUGUUUUUCUUUUGUGGUUGUUUAGUUGCUAGUUUAAUAGAAAACAAUUCCAACAAAAAAGGAAAGAUGCAUAUAAUAUAUUCAGAGUAUAAUUGCCAAAAUAUCGGGAAAAAAAAAGGGGGUAAUAUCUUCUUAUGGUUAUUUGAAUUAGACUAGAGCUGUCACAAAGUGGUAUCAAAUUGAUUGAUAUGUGAACUGGUAUGGACUGAAACUAAAAAAUUGGUUGAAUCAGUUUUUCUUUUA